UCACGUCUCUCUCCACUCUGCUGCUCAGCCAUGGAGGCCAGAAGACUGAAGUCUCUGCUGCUUCUGUUGGGAGUCCUGAAGUUCUGCUCCGGCCAGGAGACGAGCGGCGAGCGCGAGCCAUGCGACGACUUCACCGACCUGGACCUGUCCCACUGCCUGGUGGGCACCAGCCUGGCCGUGCGCCUGCUGCUCUACACGCGCCUCAGUCCGAGCUGCGGCCGCGAGCUGCGCCACCAGCACCUGUCCGCGCAGCCGCACCUCAACCUGUCGCGGCCCACGGCCUUCGUCAUCCACGGGUACCGGCCCACCGGCGCCCCGCCCGUCUGGAUCGACCACAUCGUGCGGCUGCUGGCAGAGCAGCGCGACAUGAACGUGAUCGUGGUGGACUGGAACCAGGGCGCCGCCAACCUCAACUACUUCACCGCCGUCACCUACACGCGGGAGGCGGCGCACAACCUGACCGCCUUCAUCCUGGCCAUGCAGGAGGGCGGGGCCUCGCUCGGCUCGCUGCACCUGAUCGGCGUCAGCCUCGGCGCGCACCUGGCGGGCUUCGUGGGCGCCAACCUGAAGGGCAGGAUCGGCCGCAUCACGGGCCUGGACCCGGCCGGACCCAUGUUCACCGGCGCCGGGCCUGACGACAGACUGGACCCGACGGACGCCGAGCUGGUGGACGUCCUGCACACCGACAUGAACUCCUUCGGACUCCGGGGACAACACGGACACAUCGACUUCUACGCCAACGGAGGAGCGGAUCAGCCCGGCUGCCCCAGGAGCAUCUUCUCCGGCAAGUCCUACUUCGUGUGUGACCACCAGCGCUCGGUCUUCCUGUACCUGUGCGCGCUGAACCGGACCUGCCGUCUGAGCGGCUACCCCUGCGCGUCCUACAGCGACUUCCUGGACGGACGCUGCCUGCAGUGCGAGGCCUUCAGGCCGGCGUCCUGCCCCCUGCUGGGUUACGACCUGAGCGAGUGGAAGGAGGUUCUGCUGCAGCUCGGACAGACCAAAGUUUUCUUCAGCACCACGGCGGCGCCGCCCUACAGGAAGCUGAGCUACAGGGUGGACAUGGUCACCUGGAACCAGUACCUGCGCUGGGGAGUGGUCUACAUCCGCCUGCACAGCGGCAAGACCUUCACGGAGGCCCGGGUCGACCACAAGCGGCUGCGUCUGGAGCAGUACACCUCCACCCGGCUGCUGGCCCAGUUCGAUGAAGACCUCCAGAACGUCCACAAGAUCUCCAUGCGCAUCGUGACCGGCAACGUGAUCGGACCUCGCUACAAGAUCCGCCUGCUGCGGAUCCGCUUCACCCCGCUGGAGCGGCCCGACAGGUCAGUCUGUCCGGCGGCUGGGGGCUACACAGCGCCACCCACAGUCCCUGUGUUGCCGCCGCAGGCCGCAGAUGUGUCGCUUCGACAUCAUCGUGGAGGAGAACACGGAGGUGACCUUCCGCCCGCUUCCCUGCGAGCUCCGCUGACCUCAGAGGUCGAGGGUCAGACGGACCACCACUGCAACCUCUGUGCCUUUCUACAGCAGCGACCUUCCGCUCGUGCCGCCUGACCUUUCAUCAUGCAGUGAGGUCAUGACCUCCAGAGUGUGUUUGUAUUCCUGUUUUUUUACUGCUGAAAUAAAGCCGUGAGGUGUGUGAGAGUGAACCCAGUCGAGGACACAAGAGCCGUCAGAGUGAGAGCAGCUUUAUUCCGGAGGCUCGAUGACGGCUCCUCCGGACGUCACCGGCCGGGACCUGCAGAGACAGGUAACAGGAUUGGCAGCUCAGGUAAGGAUUAGAGCGCAGGGGUCAAAGGUCAGAGAUGACAUAAGCAGGUUACACAACAAGGCGCUCCAGAACCGGUCGGGCUAAAUGAGUCACGGCGGAUUCCGUGACAUCACCGAGCAAGAGGUCACAUGACCGACCAGUUCUGAACCUGCUGAGCAACGGGCGUGUCCUCUGUGUAACCCCGCCGUCGCACUGGUCAUGUGACCAGCCUCCGCGCCCCACGCACCUGCAGGGCCGCCGUGGUGGUUCUGCCGUUUGGGACAAAAACCUUUGCGGUAGUUCCUCCCGGGGCCAUUGGGCCGGAAGAAUCCUCCACGAUGAGCCUGCAGAGGUCAGAGGUCAGCUCCAUCAGGCAGCCCGCAGCACAAGCGCCACUCACCGUGCUGCUCUUGGGUCUGGAGUCCUCCUCCGUCAGCGAGUCCUGGUUCCUGAAGGUGGAGAUCCACCCGGACAGACUGGAAAAAAGAGAAAGAGAGAGAGCAGCGUGAGCUUCAGCACGAGGAGGCCGUGAAGGCUGCGGCUCACCUGGACAGCAGAGGCUGCGGGGCCGAGCUGCUUCCUGCGAUGGUGACCUUCACCCCCUCCAGCCUCUCCUGCCUCCUCCUCUCCAGGUUGUGCCGAAGGUCACCAGGUCCUCGCUGCGGCUUCUGUCAACACACACACACAUGCGUGUGCAGGUGAGUCCACGACCUGUGGAGAUGGAGGUCCAGUGUCGGUCCACCUGCAGGAGCUCCGGCGGCUCCAAGAACGGCGGGUCCUCGUCCAGGUCCAGGUCCAGGUCCAGGUCCAGGUCCAGGUGGAAGGCGCUGCAAUAGAAGCAGACAGUGGUGAGCAGGGCGGCGGCGGCGGCAGGGAGCCAGCCUCACCGGUUGGUGGUGCUGAACCUCUGGUUGAGAGUCAGCUCCUCCUUCUCUUCCUCCGGCACGCUCUCAUGCCGGGGCGCCGAGAACCUCUGGUUGAGAGUGAUGGCGUCACCUCUGAAGUAGACUUCUGCGGAGGGAGACGCACAGCCAUCACAUUGACAGCGCCAGCUGGAGCCACAGAUCUGAGUCAAGACCUUCAGGACGACGACACCAUCAGGGUCAGGGCUCCAGUGCUGCUGAGGGGCUGCGUCACAUGACCAGAGGGGGGCGGUCAGGCACGACAGUGACUUCCUAACACUGACUGGAGUACGUUUGGGGAAUUUGUGUACUUGUAGGAGUAGUUUUCAGUCCCUGUACUUUGGACUUUGACUUGAGUAGAUCAGCGAAGAAGAAACAGUACUUUUACUCCGCUACAUUAGGUUUCAUUGAGCUGGUUACUUUUCUUAAAUCGCAUCCGUGUGCGCAUUCAUCUGUCUCUCUCUCUCCCCCUCUCUCUCAAGGAGAGGAAGGUACUUUUAUUUAUUUAUUAGAGAGAGAGGGAGAGAGAGAGAGAGAGUUAGAGAGAGAGGGAG